GAUGCGUUCAACGACAGCUGCUCGGUAAUGUUCUCCGAUUUGUCCGUCAUUAGCAUUUUAAACGUUUGUCUGCCGCUUUUUCUGGAAGUCAGCGACAUGGAGGCAAGAUUGUGAUCAGUUUUUUAGGGGGCGACCAUGGAUGUAGGAGCGUGUGGUUUGCGGUAUGAGCUGCUGGCGGAGCUGGGCGAAGGCGCCUACGGCAAGGUGUACAAGGCCAGGGAGGUGGGCGAGGAAGGGCGCCUCCUGGCGGUGAAGAAGUUGAACAUCCGCGCAGACACCUGCGACAGCGGCAUCCCUCCCUUCAUGCUCCGAGAGGUGGCGCUGCUGCGCAAGAUGAAGUACUUCAACCACCCCAACGUGGUCGAACUGUUGGACGCGUCAGCCAUCAUGGAAGGCAGACACCUGGACCUCACUGUGGUGUUCGAGUAUAUUGACCAAGAUCUGGCUGCAUACCUGUCCAAAACCUCUGCUUCUGGACUUCCCAGGAACAACAUUAAGGAUGUGAUGCACCAGCUAAUGCAGGGUUUGGACUUCCUGGUAACCCACAUGGUUCUGCACCGUGAUCUGAAGCCAGAGAACAUCCUCAUCAGCAGCCGUGGAGAGGUCAAGAUCGCCGACUUCGGCCUGGCUCGCGUCUACAACUUCAACGUGGCCCUCACGCCAGGUGUUGUCUCCUUGUGGUAUCGAGCUCCGGAGGUUCUGCUCAACUCGGUUUACAUGUUCUCCGUGGACAUGUGGAGCGCCGGCUGCAUCUUUGCUGAGCUCUUCCUGCUGAGACCGCUCUUCAAAGGGUUCACUGAAAUGCAGCAACUGAAAAAAAUCUUUGAGGUGAUUGGUUUGCCUGACGAGGAGGAGUGGCCCCAGGACAGUCCCGUGCCCUACUCGCCGGCCUGGGGGCCGAAAAGCCCGUCUCCCGAGCUACUGCCCUCGUUGAGCCCCGACGAGUGCGACCUCCUUUUCAAAUGUUUGACUUUCACGCCCAGCAAACGCAUUUCAGCCGCCGAGGCCCUCACUCACUCUUUCUUUUCUAAGAACUGACACAGGUGACGCCUUCCACAGUCCGUCACACCCACACAAUCAAUGAAUGUCUUGUUCAACCAUCAUGAAAGGUUCGAAAAAUAUAUUAUAUGUUGUUAUUCUCUCUUAAAAAAAACACUACCAGCACCUUAUUGUGGACACUUUUAUUUUAGAUGUAUUAUUUCCAUAACUAGCACUUGAUUUUGUGAUGAUAAUGGCGUCAACACUGCUAGUUUUUUUUAUUUGCUUGUAAGAGUUGUCCAAUAUUUCGACAUUAACAUGUUAUCUAUUUUGUUAUGGAGUGUUUAAAAACACCGUAUUUGCACCUUAACACAUAUUCUACUUGCACAGUCUUUAUUUUGUGAGGAAGGUGGCUGUACGGUGUCCUCACUGCCGGGAAUGUUUGUGUGGAUAUUUUUCUACUGAUGUUCCACUGUUGACCAUGAGUCUUGCAUUUAAUAGCAAACUGUUUA